GCUUGCAAAGGUAGCACUUAGGCCUGGUGCGGGUAACAUGGUUAACGGAAUUCUGUGGAAGCUACUUUUACUAAAGGGAAAAAACUCACUUCCACUACCCAAAUUGGAGGGUGAUGAACGUGUAAAAGCACGCUCUCUGGCAACUAUUUAUUCACAUCCGGUGGUUCCUCAUGAACCAUCCUUGCAUAUGGAUGAUUUUGUCUGCAUCAAAACCGGCAUGCAGGUGUGUGUUAAAAUCUAUAACACAACAAAAAGGACUUUCAUACAAGCGGGGUUAUUGAAAGACGGUCUAUGUUCAGUUCAGGAUAAGAGUGCAGGUCAGUUCUUUUUCCAGACCCUACCCCAGCCAUUUUUCUAAAAUAGGGUUUGAAGGCUAUGCCUAU